AUGUCUAUACAAAAAUUUAUUAUAAUAAGUGUUACUAUUCUACUAACUUUAUUUGAAAUUGGCACUUGUCUUCGUUGCUACGAAUGCACUACUACGCGUCAUCAAAGCUGUGCAGAUCCGUACAAAAAAACUAAUAAUUAUAUUCACGAUUGUACUAUUAAGGACACCCAAUGUGGAAAGUUGAUUAUAGAGACUCCUGAGGGCGAUGUUAUAGUUCGUCACUGUUUCAAUCCUUUUAUCAAUUGUGAGACUGUAAUUGCUAAAACGAAUGCAUUAACUACCAAUGAAAAAAUAAAACACUGUAGCAGUUGCCAUGGAGACCUUUGCAACGGAGCUUCAUCGGUGUCUUUGUCAAUUUUCCUUACUAUUGUAAUCCUGUUUGGUACAUGUCUGUAUUACAAGUAA